AAGGGGGGAGGGGGGAAGGUUCUUCAAAAAGUGCAGUUUCCUUUAUUGUUUUCAGGUUAUCAUGUAAAUAAUCUCGAACUUAACAAAGUUUUAAAAUCGUUUUUAAUGUUUUUGUAAUAUUUCAUGUAAAUUAUUGAAGAAUAACACCCUGCCGUAGUUCUAGGCCCUAAACUCUAUAUUUACACUAGUGGUUCCUUUACUAAUACUAUGCUAUUCUAGUCUAUAGGCAGGUAUACAAGCAACAGUCAAGCUUUCAGGCAGUUUUAUCCAGGUCUAUACAGGCAGUCACAUAACUGGUUAAAAGUAACCUGGACGCCCAAGCUGAACCAAAACAAUCACAACAGUUUAAAAAGAUAUAAUUUUAUCCGUCAAUGAUAGAUGAAGUGAACUCAAAGGUUAAACAAGACUAGGUCAUGUGUUGCACUAAUAGAGGAAGAGAGGGAUGGGUAACUGCUCUCCUACUCCUAGGGGUAAUAUGCUCUCUAGGAGUGGCUAUACCUAUGCUGUUAAUCACCUACCCCGGAGAUGAAUGCCUACUUUUUACAAGUGUGCGCGGAGAAGCUUUAAUCUAUGGUCAUCAUGCUGGUUGCAUUUACGUUACAGUUUCUCAUUUCCUGAUGGUCGUGGCUUCUCUCUUCUUCUUUGUCAUGUUCUUCUGGAGCCGGGCGCAGGGGAGCCGCCAGGAUGGAACAGCUUCAAAUAGAUCUUUACGAGGGAGUGUGGCAGGUUUAAGUCAAACGAUUGUACGAACUAAGAUUACACUCUCUAUCCUGGUUCUCUCAAUUAUACUGACAAUAUUCGUCUUUCUCACAGCAAUCAUCAUUCUCUCAGGAUAUAUUGUUACUUGUGGAGAACUACAGUACGAGACACGAAGACAACUAUACGGUCGAACUACUCUAGGUUCCCCUGUUAAGGAUGUUUAUAUAACCUGCUGGUCGCUGUUUCGAGAUGCAGAUUUCCACAAUAGAUUCCACUUUGAUCAUUAUGAGUUGGCUGGUCAAUGGCAUGGACAAUAUACUACGUACAAGCACGGGAGACCUAAUACAUGGUCCGGGAAACAUAAUCAUCAUAUACCUAUAGCUGUAGGAAUGGAAUUAAGCCUGGCUUGUUCUUGGCUCUCUGUUGUUAUCUGGGUUGCCAUAACAUCUCUCCUAUCCCUGCUCAGGAAGCACGUGAAAGCUUUAAACCGGAAAGAGAUUGCCGAGUCUAUAGAAGAUGCAAGGAUUUGGGCAGCUGACAUGGCAAGUGUAGGAGGAGGAGGAGGGGGUACUAGCUUACAUCAAUAUGAGAUGGUAAACAAGAAUAAACAUUACGAUACAAUCAGAUCAGUUCGAUCACAGUCAAGAAUGUCAGGUGCCCCUUCUGCUAUUACCCAGCAGACCCAAUUACCACAUGCAAGUACUUUAAUGGAACAUCAGGAGGUGAUUGCAAAAACACAUGAAGAUGGAACGUACUUUAUGACCUCUGACGGAAAUUAUGUACAGCUGGUGAAUGGUGUACUGACUAAUGUCUCCGUAACACCAAUGAUGCAGGGUGCAGUACAGUACUCAGAGCUAGUAUUCCAACCUCAGGAUUCAUCAGAGUUAAAUACUAAACUCAACCAAAUUCACAACCAACAACAACAGGUUGUUUACCAACAAAUACAGCAUCCUAAUCAGCUCAACCCACAACAUCUUCAUCAGCAGCAGCUUCAGCAACAACAACUUCAACAACAGCGGCUUCAAGAGCAGCAACAGCAACAUCACCAAUACCAACUGCAGCAACAAAUUCAAAUUCAACAGCAGCAGCAACAACAGCAGCAACUUCAACAUCAACAGCUACAGCAGCAGAGACUGAAAGAACAACAGGAGCAGCAGCAACUACAACAACAAAAACAAAUUCACCUGCAACAGCUACAAAUGCAAAGGCAACUCGAGGAACAGGAAGCACUUGAACAACAGCUACUUCUUGAACAACAGCAACAUCUUGAACAACAGAAGCAAAAACAGGAAGAGGAAGAACUGAAGAAGCAGCAUCAACAGAGAAUAAGACAUGAACAAAUGGAGCAAGAAAAACAGUUACAAAUGAAACAAAAACAACAGCAACAGUUUCAAAGACAGCUGAACGAACAGCUUUCACAAAGGAGCAAACAGCGGCCGAGGAGUCAGCUGACAGUUCCCCUGCUGUCAGGUUCCCCCAGCACUACUAGACGGUCUGUUGUCAGCAAUAAUCAAAGUCAUGUCAGCAAUCAUCAAAGUCAUGUUAGCAGUACUAGUGGAAGAAAAAGUCCCGGUGCAAGUACAAACAGUCGCAGAAGUCAGAUUUCCAAUGGACAAACUGCGGCGGAUGGGGACGGGAAGGUGAAUACCAGGAUGGAGAUGAGAAUUCAACAUGAUCUGGCAAACAGUGCUGGGAUCAAGUGCAGCCAGUUCUGAGAAACUUACAGCGUGUCCCAUAAAACACGAUGAUUUAAAGACGACCCAUUAUGACAUUAAAAAAGCAUUUCAAUUUAAAUAUCGUGUAAAAUAUUUGUCAAAAAAGUAAACACAUAUUUAUUUUGUACAUUUGUUUUCAAAACUGAAGCACUUUAAACAUGUUCAAUAUUGUAGUAGUAUUUAAACUUUUCUCUUUAUUGGGACACACUACAUCUUAUUUUCUCUUUAUUGAGACACACCACAUUUUAUCUUCUGUUUAUUGGGACACACUACAUCUUAUUUUCUGUUAAUUGGGACACACUUCAUUUUAUUUUCUGUUUAUUGGGACACACUACAUCUUAUUUUCUGUUAAUUGGGACACGCUUCAUUUUAUUUUCUAUUUAUUGGGACACACUACAUCUUAUUUUCUGAUGCAUUCGUAACUAGUAUAAUUUUGUUCAUUUCUAAGAGAUUGCGUUACUUGACUCUUUUUCGCAAACUCUGAUUUUCCAAUUCCUAUAUCUUGGAACUCCAUGUUUCAAAUUUUGAAAUAUUAAAGGCUGGUACCAC